AUGGCGGACAGUAGUAUUUCCGAAUGUGUCUCUUCCCAAUUGACGCGUGCAGUAAACAAUAUGGCGGAAAAUGAAAAAGCGCAACAAUCACGGAAAGAUUACGAUCCUUCUUUGGAUUUUUUUAGUGAAAAAUUCGAUCCCUUAAAAGCAAUUUUAACGCCCGGAGUUUCACCACCAAUCGUCGAUGCGAAAGUAUACGACAAUACUUCGCAAUUUUAUCAAUUUUAUUUAAACCCAAAUAAGCAAAUCGUUAAGGCGGGAAGUUCUAAAUCUCAAGAAAGACACACCGAACCUGAACGAAAGUGGUUACCACAUCAACUGCCAAUACCUUCCAAACGGAAGACCAGAAUCGAAAAAAAUGUGUUAACAAACAUGGAAACAAUCAAGGGACCCAUAAAGCUAUUAACAAAAUGCAAGGACGAACGUAUACAAAUCAAGGUCUGGACGAGGCACAGCCACGGAAUUCGAGGUUAUUGCAUCGGUUACGUCACAAUUUUUGAUAAACAUUGGAAUCUUGGUUUGGAAGAGGUGACUGAAACUUGGACCAGACCGAAACGCAGAAAAAUUCCAGCGGGAAUGGAAAUGCAAGAGUGCGAAAUUUCGAAAGGCCGUUUAGUUCCUCCACCUAUUAAAGUGAUCAAAAGCGAUGAAAAGUUUGAAACGUGUGAGAGACAUAUUGACCAACUUGUUAUUAGAGGUGAACAAAUUGUAAUGAUUGCCUUACUGUGUACGGGUGCUAAAUAAAUAUUUUUGUACAUUUUGAAA